AUGAACUCUUUCCAAGACAAAGUCUACGCAAUAACAGGCCUCGCAGGAAUCGGCCUCGCAGUCGCAAAACAACUCCACGCCCACGGCGCACGCCUCUCUCUCGCCGAUAUGUCCCCCUCCACCCUCGAAACCGCCAUCCAAACAAUCUCCCCGACAACACCAACCCCCUCCACAAUCCUAACCACAGUCGUCGACAUCAGCUCCUCAUCCGCCGUCAACGACUGGAUCACCCGCACAGUACAACACUUCGGCCACCUUGACGGCGCAGCCAACAUGGCCGGAACAAUCGGCGCGCACCACGGCGUGGGCAAAUUCGUGGACCUAACCGAUGAAGAGUGGGACAUGCUGAUGCGGGUGAAUUUGUCCGGGAUGAUGUAUUGUCUGCGGGCGGAGGUGCGGGCGAUCAUGGAGAGUGCGCCGGGUGGAAGGGGGAGUAUUGUGAAUGCGAGUAGUAUACAGGGGAUUCGGGGGUUUGCGUUGCAUACUGCUUAUUCGACGACGAAGCAUGGGGUUGUGGGGUUGACGAGGUCUGUUGCGAAGGAGGUUGGGCCGGGGAUUAGGGUUAAUGCUGUUGCGCCUGGUUCCAUUCAAACGCCGCUCCUGGACAAGGCGACUGCAAUUCAGGGUGGCGUUCCUCCUCCCCCUACGGCGAUUCCUAGGAUUGGGACGCCCGAGGAGGUGGCACACACUGUGGUCUUUUUGCUGAGUGAUGCUGCAUCGUAUACUACCGGGCAGGUGUACAGUGUUGACGGGGGUGGGACCCGUGAUCGUAGGGGGAUGACGGUGAUGUAA